GCUCGGCGUCAGCUGGUGCUCUCCUUCCUUUCCCCUCGGCAGUUCCUGGCGCAGCUGAUGAUCUUUCUCAUUAGCGUGGUCAGUUCCAUCUUCUGCGGGCAUCUGGGCAAAGUGGAGCUGGAUGCCGUUACGCUCGCCGUGUCGGUCGUGAACGUUACCGGGAUUUCCGUGGGAACUGGCUUGGCCUCCGCUUGCGACACACUGAUGUCUCAGUCCUUUGGAGGCAAGAACCUAAAACGCGUGGGCAUCAUCCUUCAAAGAGGAAUCCUCAUCUUGAUGCUGUGUUGCUUUCCUUGCUGGGCUGUCUUCAUCAAUACGGAACGGAUCCUCCUGCUCUUAAAACAAGACCCCGAAGUCUCCAGGAUAGCCCAGAUUUAUGUGAUGAUUUUUAUUCCUGCUCUUCCUGCAACAUUCCUGUUCCAGCUGCAGACGAGAUAUUUACAAAGUCAGGGCUCAAUCCCACCCCAAAGCUUGUCAGGGGCAGCCUGUUUCUUUGUACUUGGACGGAAUACACUCACAGGCAAUGAUCAUGUUCUCUCCUUCAGAGGUUCUGCCUGGGCAAACACCACUUCCCAGUUCCUCCUGUCUGCUCUUCUUUUCCUGUAUGUGUGGUGGAAAAAAAUCCACGUCAACACCUGGGGAGGUUGGACUUGGGACUGUUUCCAGGAAUGGGGCUCCUACAUCCAGCUGGCCAUUCCCAGUAUGUUCAUGGUGUGCAUCGAGUGGUGGACCUUUGAGGUCGGGACCUUCCUCGCAGGCCUGAUCAGUGUGACAGAGCUUGGGGCCCAGGCCAUCAUUUACGAACUGGCCUCUGCAGCCUACAUGGUGCCCCUAGGCUUUGGUGUGGCAGCCAGUGUCCGCGUGGGCAAUGCCCUGGGGGCAGGGAAUGCUGAGCAGGCCCGGCACUCCAGCAUCACCGUUCUCCUGUGUGCGGGUGUUUGCGCACUCAUAGUGGGCGUUUUACUCGCAGCUUUGAAGGAUGUGGUUGCCUACAUAUAUACCAGUGACAGAGAGAUUAUUUACCUUGUGAGCCAAGUGAUGCCUAUUUUUGCUCCCUUUCAUCUGUUUGAUGCGCUUGCCGGCACCUGCGGGGGAGUCUUACGAGGAACGGGAAAACAAAAGAUUGGUGCGAUCUUGAAUGCCGUUGGUUAUUAUGUUUUUGGUUUUCCCAUUGGAGUAUCUCUGAUGUUUGCUGCUAAACUUGGGAUAAUAGGUCUCUGGUCUGGCUUGAUCAUCUGUGUUUUCUUUCAAGCCCUUUUCUAUUUGGGGCUCAUCUGGAGAACAAACUGGAAGAGAGCUGCCGAGCAGGUAACAGCACGUCCUUCUAGAAGCGUGGCCCUUUGGUGGUCCCGUGGCUCUGUAAGGAAUCUUUGA